CACCCGCACACGCGCACGCAUCUUGGGCCGCGCUCACACACACGCACGCAAAAGCGUGGCCGGCGCCAGGUCGGCAACUUUGUGGGGUGCUCGCCGCUGCGCUCCGCUUCCUCCCGUAGUAGUUGGCGCAGGCCCCGCCUCCCGGCUGUGUUGUCAAACGGGCCGGGGUCUCGGAUUGGUCCAGCCUCCGGGACAACACCUGCUCGACUCCUUCAUUCAAGUGACACCAGAGCUUCCAGGGAUAUUUGAGGCACCAUCCCUGCCUUCGCCGGGCACUCGCGGCUCUGCUAACGGCCUGGUCACAUGCUCUCCGGAGAGCUACGGGAGGGCGCUGGGUAACCUCUAUCCGAGCUGCGGCGAGGAGGAGGAAAGGGGCGAGCCGGGAGGAAGAGUGGGAGGAGGGGGGAAGCAGCAGAGGAGGAAGAAGAGGAGGAGGGGCGCACAAAGAAUCCAGGUCUCCCGGCGGGAGGGUGAUACCCAGAACCAUGUGUGCCGAGCGGCUGAGCCAGUUUGUGACCCUGGCUUUGGUGUUUGCCACCUUGGACCCGGCGCGGGGGACCGACGCCACGAACCCUCCGGAAGGUCCGCAAGACAGGAGCUCCCAGCAGAAAGGCCGUCUGUCCCUGCAGAACACAGCGGAAAUCCAGCACUGUUUGGUCAACGCCGGAGACGUGGGGUGUGGCGUGUUUGAAUGUUUCGAGAACAACUCUUGUGAAAUCCGGGGCUUACAUGGGAUUUGCAUGACUUUUCUGCAUAAUGCUGGAAAAUUCGACGCCCAGGGCAAGUCAUUCAUCAAGGAUGCCCUGAAGUGCAAGGCCCAUGCCCUGCGGCACAGAUUUGGCUGCAUCAGCAGGAAGUGUCCGGCAAUCAAGGAGAUGGUUUUCCAGUUGCAGAGGGAAUGCUACCUCAAGCACAACCUGUGCUCAGCGGCGCAGGAGAACAUCGGCGUGAUGGUGGAGAUGAUAAACUUCAAAGACCUCCUGCUGCACGAGCCCUAUGUGGACCUCGUGAAUCUGCUGCUGACCUGCGGGGAAGAUGUGAGGGAGGCCAUCACUCACAGCGUCCAGGCUCAGUGUGAGCAGAACUGGGGAGGCCUGUGCUCCAUUCUGAGCUUCUGCACCUCCAACAUACAGAGACCUCCCACUGCGGUCCCUGAGCAUCAGCCCCCGGCAGAUAGGGCCCAACUACCCAGGCCUCACCAUCGGGAUACAGGCCACCACCUAUCAGAAGCCAGCAGAGGCGCCAAGGGUGAGCGAGGGAGCAAAAGCCACCCACAGGCCCACGCCCAAGGCGGAGCAGGUGGCCAGAGCGCCCAGGGACCUUCUGGGAGCAGCGAGUGGGAAGAUGAACAGGCCGAGUAUUCCGACAUCCGGAGGUGAAACGAAAACCUAGCCAUGAACGUUUCCUCCAGGCCGUCCGUUUCCUUAUCUAUGGACAUUCCAAAACAUUUUACAUUAAAGAGGGGAUGUCACACGCAGGAUGUGUGCGAAUUGUGGACUUCAUGCAGGUGUCUGAACAGGUGAGAUGAGGUCUCAGGUGCCUGCCCGGUGGGUCGGCACCUACGUAAGCUUAUUCACGGGAGUGUUGCCUUGAGUCUGCCUGUGGCUUUGUCCCUUUCGGUCUGUGGGAGCUAGAGGGUGGCUAAGGUGUGCUCUGUUGGGGGGAGGUCAGAUGGGGAGGGAAGGGGCCUCACGUGGGUGCUAGGCCCUGCCCUACAGCUUCCAGUGCUGUCUGCAGGGAACAGGGCAGCUGGGUUCUGAGGCAGGAGUGAGGGGGAAGUGUGGCUGUUAGGGCAAAGGAGGAGCAGAGAGGAUGCAGGACUCAGCCAUGCUCAAUGCCAAACCAAAGCUUAGUGUCAUGCCUGGGACCUUGUGUUUCAUAGCUGCUGGAAGGAACAUGGAGUACUGCAUUUUCUAUGUGUCAUUUCUGGGGGACACCGAAGGAGUGGUCGUUUUUGACCACUGCUUCAGAGUUCAAUUUUACUUUUUUUUUUUAAUCCAUUGAUGAUUUGUCUGUCAUCUAAAUAAAUGACUUUCAAAUCGAACAACUGGGUCACCAGAACCAGCUCAAAGCAGGAGGAAAAUCAACCCCAGCCCACCUCUGGAGGGUAAAUUUUUGUAGUUCUCUUUUAAGAAGAGCUCAAACGGCAGUAUCCCCACAUGGGCUUCUCCUUCCGAAACAGACAGAUCCCCAGAGGGAGAAGCACAUACCAGGGGUCCCUUCCUUGACAGCCUUUUUCUAGACUUUCGCUAUCUCAACUUGACCUCGGACAAGUCCUACGAGCCUAUACAUUGAAUCCAUGUGGCCAAGUUGGAAACCAGUCUCUGCAUGCCGGAAAGAGGAAGAAGAGAAACUGGCAUCAAGACCACUAAGGAAAUUGCUUUUGGGGAAUGCCACCCUCUGCAUACUUGGGCAAACAGCUUCAUCUCCAAGAGACAGGGCUUUCCAGAGCCCACGUGGAAAUUUAGCAAGAAGGAGGUGGGUGGACAAAAGGAAGGCCAAAGAGGAGAGAAGGGACUCGUGUCAGUGCCGCACUAAGAUCUUCCUCUGGGGCUGUCACAGCUACUGCUCUUGCAGCCAGUGCUGUAGACGUAGGGGGUAACCUGGACCAGGUCUGGAGAGCAAGGCUCGGCCAACUUUUUCUAUGAAAGGCCAAAUAGUGAUUAGUGAGUUUCCGUUCGGCAAGUCACACAGUUUCUGUUGCCACCAGCCAGCUCUGGCGUGACAGCCCAAAAGCGCCCUCUGCCACACAAAUGGAAGGGCUUGGUUGGCUCUGUUCCACUAAGAUUUUCUUCCCCAGGCUCACAGACCGUACAUUGCAUGUUCCCUGUUCUAGGGAGCAGGAUGAGAAACAUGCAUCCUACCCUCUAUCUCUCUCUGGAAGGCCCCUAAGGCCAGGAACAGCCACCGUUCUCAGAGCACAUCCACAAACUCGGCUGGUGUCUCAAUGCGCAGGACCCAGUCUCAAUUUCUCAUAUCGGCUAUGCUUGAAAAAAAAAUCAUUUGGGGAGGGGUGGGUUGGUGACACGCUGGGAAUCCCCCAGGAAGAUGUGGGGCUGCAGAGCAUAGAGGAGCACAUGCCUUUAAUCCGGUUCUGCCUGCAAGGAAGGAGGCCCAGCAUGCCAGACUCUGCCGCGGAAAAUGCAUGGGGAUGGUGGCACUCUGGUGCUAUGUGUGCCUGUGUGGUACCUUGACUGUUUUCUGCUUACAUCACUCACACCGUCCUUUGUUCCUGGCUUGGCCGCUCCUUUGUCACCAGUGUCUGGACUGAGUUCAUCAGUGUCUCGCAGUCACCUACUGAUGUUCCAUGUGUUUCUGCUGUAAAUAUUUGUCGUUUGUAUUUAUUGUCUCAGUGUCUUCCCCCCCCCCAAAGGCAUAAACUCGCUUCAUUCAAACACACCAACCGAUCUCUGUUGUGUAUGUCCAUGCUUUUGUCGUCCCUUCCCCCUCCAAAAGUUAAAAAAAAAAAAAAGAUGUCAUUUCAUGGUCCCUCAUGUGAUUAGAAACACGGAAUAUAUUUAUCUCUCUAGUCCUUUUGCUCAAAAUUGUCCGGAUUCUUGUGUGCCUCCUGAAGGCAUUCGCACAGUCUAAAUGUAAGCGAGGCAGCUGUUGAGAACAGCCCUCCUUAGGCUUCAUGCUUUGUACGCAUUUACUUGGGAGCCUUCCUGUUCGGAAGGAUGUGGGUCUCCAAAUAACGUUGCAGUGUUUAUUUUGAGCUUCGAAUCUUAGCGAGAUGAUCCGCACACCUCUCCUUUGUAUCAAUAAAUAGCCCUGUUAUUCUAAAACAAGAGGGCCAAAGACAGCAGAACGCCAACAACCCAGAAUCGAAUAAAAAGGAGACACUGGCCCAGGGCUGCAGUCCGUCCUUAGGCAUGAGCUCUGAACCUGGCUAAUGGCAUCUCGGGAACAACAUGGAGACGGUGCUCCUGGCAUCCGCUUCCUAAGGAAGAAUGGCACCACGUGGGCUUACUAAGUCAGCGUCUGCUUCUGUUACAAAGCUAGACAACAGGGCCUGGACACUGUCACCCUGUGUUCUUCUUCAAGCAUUAAUAAAGGUUUUAGAUAAAUGA